AUGGGGCUAUAAAAAAGGCUCCGGCGCCCCCUCCGCGCCUUUAGCCCCGGGUGUCUGAGAGGAGAAAGAUGCAUCGACUCCGCUCACGGGCCUCCACGGGGAUUUCUGCCUUUGCCGCCAGUUCGCCCUCCGCCUGCUCUCGCCAAUCACCCCCGCUGCCCCGGCCCGAGAAGUCAGCCUCGCAGAGGCGUUGGAGUAAAAAGCGCUCCUGCUCUUCCAUCGGCUGAUUGUCGCUGAUUCCCGGGCGGGGGGGAGCAGAGAGACCGAGACCCGGAGAGGGGCCGCGGGAGCCGAGCCGAGCGCCGCUGCGACCAUGCCUAAGCCUAAGAAGCGGGGGAGCAACCACCAGCGCGGAGCCGGUGGUCAGCCCAGAAAUGUGCAGCCUUUUAGUGAUGAAGAUGCUUCAAUUGAAACUAUGAGCCACUGCAGUGGCUUCAGUGAUCCUGCUAGCUUCACUGAGGAUGGGCCUGAAGUUGAUGAAGAAGCUACUCAAGAAGACUUAGAAUACAAGUUGAAGGGAUUUAUUGAUCUUACAUUGGACAAGAGUGCAAAGACAAGACAAGCAGCCCUUGAAAGUCUGAAAAGUGCAUUUUCUUCUAAAAUACUCUAUGAGUUUGUCAUGGAAAGGAGAAUGACUCUAACUGAUAGCAUUGAGCGCUGCAUAAAGAAAGGUAAGAGUGAUGAGCAGUGUGCAGCUGCUGGACUGGCGUGUCUUCUGUGUGUGCAGAUGGGGUCAGGAAUUGAGAGCGAGGAGAUUUUUAAGACCCUUGGUCCAGUUCUGAAGAAGAUUGUCUGUGAUGGAACAGCCAGUAUCCAAGCCAGACAGGCUUGUGCAACCUGCUUAGGGAUUUGCUGUUUCAUUGUGACUGAUGACAUUACGGAACUGUACUCUACUAUGGAAUGCCUGGAAAACAUCUUCACAAAGGCCUAUCAGCGGGAUAGAGACACUAAUGGUGUAUCAAGUACCCAUAAUACUGUGCUUCAUGUCAGUGCUCUCUUAGCAUGGACACUGUUGUUGACUAUUUGUCCAAUGAAUGAAGUAAAGAAGAAAAUUGAAAUGCACUUGCAUAAACUUCCAAGUCUGCUGUCUUGUGAUGAUCUCAACAUGAGAAUAGCUGCUGGAGAAACACUAGCACUUCUGUUUGAACUGGCACGUGAAACAGAUGCUGAUUUCUUUUAUGAAGAUAUGGACCUUCUAACAGAGAAACUAAGAGCUCUGGCUACUGAUGGAAACAAGCAUCGGGCCAAAGUGGAUAAAAGAAAGCAGCGAUCUGUCUUCAGAGAUGUUCUACGGGCGGUUGAGGAGCGUGACUUUCCUACAGAGAUGGUGAAGUUUGGACCUGAGCGCAUGUACAUUGACUGCUGGGUUAAAAAACAAACCUAUGAGACAUUCAAGGAGAUUCUGGGGUCAGGAAUGCAAUAUCAUCUGCAGUCAAAUGACUUUCUUCGGAAUGUGUUUGAGCUUGGCCCACCAGUAAUGCUGGAUGCUGCGACUCUUAAAACAAUGAAGAUAUCCCGUUUUGAAAGGCACUUGUACAACUCUGCAGCAUUCAAGGCUCGGACAAAAGCUAGAAGUAAAUGUCGUGAUAAAAGAGCAGAUGUGGGGGAAUUUUUUUAGAUUCCCUUUUCAAUGGGGUUCAAUUUUCAUAAUUCAAAUAAAUUUGUAACAUUUAAAUGAAUUUAACUUCUGUAGUCAGUUUGCAGUUGUGCACAUGUUUGUUACAUAGUCUGUAAAUAUAUAAUGCCUGUUAUUGCUUAGUUAUGUAUACACUGUAUAUAGAUUGAUGUAACAUUUGGUGCAGGGAUACAUUAUAAUACAUUAGCCCCCCCCCCCCCCACUAGCUUCAAAGGUUGAUUGUGUUGCUACUGAUGUGUUAAAUGGGGUGGAUAACUGUAGUCAAAUGCUGUGUGUCAGAUUGGAUUCUAUAUAAAGAUAAAGUAAUUCAUUGACAAGUGUUCUGGUAAGAAUGUGCUAAUAUGGAAAGAUGACCAUGUUUGUGUGAAAUUAUUUUAGUAACUUUUUAAAACUCUCUAGUGGUAGACAGACAAGAAAUUCCUAUGUAAGUAUAACUUUAUCCUGACAGAGACUAUGAAGUUCAGUAACUACCACUGACAGUCAAGUAGUGUAAUACUGCCCUCCAUGUAAAAUGAAAGCAAGAUUCUUGUUUUCUGAAACUGAGUAUUCAAAUUUUUGGAAUAAAGAAGUUUCUCACUGC